CGCACAUGCGCAGAACAGUCCGCAACGACCACUUCCUGCAAAAUAGUGCUCCCUAACAACAGACAAAGCUUCAUAUGGUGGUUUCAACCAAAAGCGCUUAAUUAAAAGCGUUCCUCCAUCACUCCUUCAAUGGGUCCCGCCAGGCUCUCCAGGUACAGAGAGUAGGCUGAGUGUGCAGACAUGUCAGGCCGCUCCGCUGCAGAGAUGGAUGACUCGCAGGAGCUGCCGGCAAAGAAGGCCAAGAUUGACGUAGAUGGUGAACUGAAGAAAGAGUCGGGUAAUUUGGGGGAUGAUGGGAGCCCAGCUGCUGUUUUAGGUUCAUCAGAGCAGGAGAACUCAUAUUCUGCCCUGUCCACAGCCCAAAUUGAUCCAGGUGAACAGGAGCAGUCCAGCGCAGAGAGGGGGGCUGCAUCUCAACCAUGUGGUGACUCAAUUAACUCGUACGGUCAUUCUGCCACCGAUGCCACAGCCACAUCUGAAUACACCCAACAGGUUUAUCAGGGAAGCAACCCAGCAGUAACAUCAUACACCAGUCAGGUGGCGUUUCCUCCUCUGGCCCAGUCCACUGUGUACUCAUCCUUCCCCCAAACAGGCCAGACCUACGGUCUCCCACCUUUUGGUGCUAUGUGGCCAGGCAUAAAAACAGAGACAGGGCUGCCUGAUGCGCCCUCUGGUGGCCAGCCUGGGUUUCUCAGUUUCAGCUCCACAUAUACCUCAACCCAGCCAGGCCAGCUGCACUACUCAUACCCCAGCCAAGGCUCAAGCUUCACAACAUCCAGUGUGUAUUCCAACAUCCCUUCAGCUACAGCUGCGACUACAACCGCCUCGGCGGUGGCCCAUCAGGAUUUUAGCAGCUAUAACUCUCUGGGGCAGAGUCAGUUCUCUCAGUACUACACUCUUCCUCCCAGCUACGUGCCUGCUGGGCUACCUAACAGUGAUGAGCACGGUGGCGGUGCAGGCGUCGCCGGAUAUUCAGCAGUGAAAUCAGAGGAGGCCGCCUCAGCUGGACUGCCUCCUAGAGAUGCGUCCCCACCAGAAAACCUGCCUGUUUGCGCGGCUCUUCCUACAGCUGUGGCAGUGCCCGCUGGAGCUCGAGAUCAGGACGAGGUCGGCCGCAGGAACUCAGUGGGCAAAGCCAAAGGGAAGGGCAAGAAGUCUGAUAACUCUCCACCUGCUGAGAGUGACCUGGAGCGCAUUUUUUUAUGGGAUCUGGAUGAAACCAUCAUUAUAUUCCACUCUUUGCUCACCGGCUCUUACGCUCAGAAGUUUGGCAAGGACCCGGCAACUGUGUUGAACUUGGGCUUACAGAUGGAGGAGCUGAUCUUUGAGCUGGCAGACACCCAUCUUUUCUUCAAUGACCUUGAGGAGUGUGAUCAAGUCCAUGUUGAGGAUGUGGCCUCUGAUGACAAUGGACAGGACCUGAGCAACUACAACUUCAUGGCGGAUGGAUUUAAUGGCCCCAGCGGUGGAGCUGCAUCAGGAACCACCACAGGAGUUCAGGGAGGGGUGGAGUGGAUGCGUAAGCUGGCCUGCUACCGCCGGCUAAAAGAGAUCUACAAUAGUUACAAAGGAAAUGUCGGGGUGAGCCUGUUGAAUCCCAUGAAGAGGGAGCUGCUGUUGAGGCUUCAGUCCGAGAUCGAGAAUGUUACAGACUCCUGGCUCAGCACUGCGCUCAAGUCUCUGCUGCUCAUCCAGUCCAGGGGGAAGUGUAUGAAUGUGUUAGUCACCACGACUCAGCUGGUUCCAGCUUUGGCCAAAGUGCUGCUCUACGGCCUGGGAGACGUCUUCCCCAUCGAAAACAUCUACAGUGCCACAAAAAUAGGGAAAGAGAGCUGCUUUGAGAGGAUCGUCUCUCGCUUUGGGAAAAAAGUGACUUAUGUGGUGAUAGGUGACGGCCGAGAUGAGGAAUUUGCAGCAAAACAGCACAACAUGCCUUUCUGGCGGAUCUCCAGUCACGGCGACCUCGUGUCCCUUCACCAAGCGCUGGAAUUGGACUUCUUGUAACGAGGAUGCUGUUGAAUGUUGUGCACUCAAAGGGAAAAUGUUGUCGUCGUACUGGUGACUUGUGGAGUGAAACUGUGUGUGUGAAAAAUUCUCCACAAGCCCAACAAUCCACACUCACCUGUUAGAAAUCUGCUCUCGCUGUCCGACGACUUGCAUCUCGCUGUGUGUUGGUGAAUGUUUUGAGGCGGACUUUGGGUCGGAGCCGCCUGCGAGAAACAAACUGGACGCGUCAGUCAUCAGAAGUAAGGUUCCUCUCGCCCAGCACCCCCUCCUCUACGGCAGCUAAGCUCACUGCGGCUGAAACUGGCACUGAUUUGGACACAGAAGGGAUGACUUCUAUUAUCCAGCUUCUUCACGGUUUUUGGCUUUUGUUUUCACAUAAGCAUCCAAAUGUCCUGCAGCGAACAUCACCCCUCAACUUUCACUGAGUUUAAACGGCUAAAGAGACGUUGUUGUUUGUUGGUGGCUUUGUCUGUGGAGGUUGUUAUAGCUUUUUAUUUUGAAAAAUCUCUUUCUGGGGUGACUUGAAAGCAUCAUUUUGCCUUUAUUUUUUUUCAUCAUGUUCCUGACAGUCAUCAGGUAUCAAUUAAUCCCACUUUUAUGUAUUGCCUCUCAUGUAGCCAGAGCGUUAUUAAACAAAAGGUACUCGGU